GCUGGGCAUCGAAUCACAACAAUGUCGGUGGGGAGAAUCGGCGAAUUUGAUGUCGCGAGUGGCAACUGGGCGAGGUACGUGGAGCGAUUGGAAAUGUAUUUCCAAAUCAACAAAAUUGAAGAAAAGGAUCGAGUGCCUAUGCUUAUCACGGUCAUUGGUGAUACGGCGUACGCGCUAUUGAGCGAUUUAUUAAGCCCAGGGAAGCCAUCAUCAACAAAAUACAAUGUAAUUAUUUCCACGUUGAAAGAUCACCUGCAACCAAAGGUUUCCAUAAUGGCGGAGCGUUACCGGUUCAGACAAAGGAGGCAAUCGUGCGGCGAAAGUGUUAAAGAUUAUUACACGGAGCUUAAAAAGUUAUCAAGUGAGUGUGAUUUCGGUGCUAACUUAGAGGACAAUUUACGGGACCAGUUAGUAUGUGGUUUAAAAAGUGACGUAAUUAGACAACGACUUUUUGCGGAGGACAGUCUGAGUUUCAGCCAAGCUGUUAAGAUUGCGUGUUCACUGGAGGCGGCGGAGCGCGAUGCGGCGUCGGUGGAGGUCAUGGGUGCAGGGGGCGGCGGCGCCUCAGCCCAUAGCAACAGCGCGGUACAUGCGCUGACGUCAUCGCGGGCGCGCGGGCCAUCCGGCUCGGCGGCGCAGGGCUCCUACGGCCGCGGGCCUAGUGGGGCGCGGAGAUGGGCUUCGCCGGACACGGCUCGAAGUGCUGAUCAAUCAGCUCAGUGUGAGGCGUGCGGCGCACGCAGCCACGGGAUAAAAGACUGUCGAUUCAGAAGGGCAAUCUGCAGUAAAUGCGGUAAAGAAGGCCACCUACGGCGUGUAUGCCCCGCGUGGGCGGAGCGCGCCGGACACAGAUGGGCGGGAAACAGAGGAUACAAACAGAGCAAAUCUCUGCAUCAUCUAGAUGAAGGAGUACCCGCCCAGGAAGAGGAUGACUCAGCAGAAUGUGAAGAGGAGUUAAACCAACUCUGCUUGAGUGGCUACAAGCCGACAUAAGGAGCUAUUCAGCGGCGGACUGGGUAGAUUCACUGGCGGGAAGGUGAGGCUGCGGGUGCGGGAGGACGCGGUGCCGGUGUUCUGCCGCGCGCGCCCGCUGCCUUUCGCGCUCAAGGAGCGCGUGGACGCCGAGCUCGACGCCAUGCUGCGGGACGGCGUCAUCGAGCCGGUGGACUGCUCGGACUGGGCCACGCCGCUGGUGCCGGUGAGUAAGGCGGACGGUGGACUUAGAAUAUGCGCGGAUUAUAAAAUCACGCUUAACCCUGCCUUGUUGGUCGAUAGAUAUCCGUUGCCUAGGUUCGAUGACUUAUUAAUGACCUUGAAUAAGUCGGUUAUAUUCAGUAAAUGCGAUUUAUCCCAAGCGUACAAUCAGCUGGAACUCGAUGAGUCAGCAAAAUAUACGGUAGUAAACACACAUAGAGGUCUCUAUAGGUACAAACGGCUCGUGUAUGGCCUAUCAUCCAGUUCGGGGAUAUUUCAGCGGACCCUUUCAAAUUUGCUAAAAGGCAUUCCUUUCACGGGGGUUUUCAUCGAUGACGUCAUCGUAGGAGGUAGGAAUAUUGAGGAACAUCUAAAAUCGUUAGAGGAGGUCCUGCGUAGAUUGUCAGAAAAUGGGUUAAAAUUGAAGAAAAAUAAAUGCGAGUUUAUGGUGGACGAGGUGAAAUACCUCGGAUAUAUAAUAUCAAAAGACGGUAUCAAAACCGAUCCGGAGAAGGUUAAAGCAAUGGUGGAGAUGGCGCCACCAGAAAACGUAGCCGAAUUAAGGUCAUUCUUGGGUCUGGUUAAUUUUUAUGGCAAAUUUAUCAAAAAUAUGAGUCAGAUAUUAGCACCAUUGUAUGAAUUAUU